GGAGCUGCAAGGUUGUGUCCGCCUCCACGACCUCUCGUCUGCAAUGUUUGUCAAAGGAAUGAUGGCAGUGGUGUUGGGGACUCUCCUGGUCGCCGCCAUCAUCCAGGCCGCCGAGGCGCAGCAGCACACGAAGGAAGAACAUCAACAGCAACACCAGGAUCUAGCAGAACGGAGUCAGCAGAAGGAGGAGGUGCAGCAGCAGCAGCAAAAGGAGGAGGAGGUGCAGCAGGAGCAGCAGCAGGAGAAUAGGAAGGAGGUGGUGCAGAAAGAGGACUCUGAUGAGAGGUCACGUUUUCUGUUAAGUGACCUGGGGAACGCGGACGUGUCCGUCACCAUCGGGAGUUCGACGCUGGUGGUGUUCUUCGUGGCGGUGGUGUCCUUCGUGGUGGCUCUCAGUGUCCUCCUCGACGUGGUGUCGGCCGCCCGCGUCAAGUACACUCCUGACGAAGCCCACUACGCACAACCCCCGACCUUUGCUCUGCCCGUCCCCAUUCCCGUCGAGAGCUCCUACGGCCUCCAGCAGUCCUUGGAGAAGGCCCAGAAGAAGUACGAGUAGUGCAUAGGGGUGUCUUGCAGGUCUACUGAGUGCUCUCCAGCAAUGUCACGCCUGUCCUGAGUGCUCUAACACUACAUCACAGGUGUUCUGAGUGCUCUAACACGACAUCACAGGUGUUCUGAGUGCUCUAACACGACAUCACAGGUGUUCUGAG